AGAGGCCAGCAGGGACCUCAGCCAUCCCUUACCCCAGUGCCACCUCAGCCAACUCAAAGUCACCUCUGCCCCAGCAACUCAGCUGGCCAGAACCGGCUAGGGCCUCCCUCCCACUCCGCAGCAGGAUCCAGGAACUUGCCCCUAUUGGGCAAUCAUUAAUCGGAUUCUUGGCAUUCCUCUGCCCCUGGCCAGCAUGCUUCCCACCAGAGCCGGAGCAGACACUCAGGACUGGCAUUUGGACAUGCAGCUGACCAGCAGGCUGGUGCUGUCCGCGGCUGCGCUGCUCCUGGUAACGGCGGCUUACAAACUCUACAAGUCCAGGCCUGCCCCUGCCGGGCAAGCGGGGAGAAAUAACAAGAGCCACAAAGCGGAAGAUGAAGCGGAGGGCUUGGGGCGAGCUGCCUUCCAGGGGGCUCCUCCAGGGACCCCGCCAAGGGGGCCAAGACGCAGGAAGGCCAGCAAGGGGCCUGGGACCCCACUGGACCGCAGCUUGGAGGACCCAGGAGACUCCUGCCAACUGGUCGCCUCCAGAUCUGGGGAGUCCACAAGAAAAGGCUCUGAAGAGAAUCAGAGAGGGCAGCGCCCAGAUUCUCAGCAGGUGCCUCCACCCUGCAGUGGUCAGGAAGCCGGAACAGCUGUUAGAGGUAAGCCCAACCCUCCCCACCUCCCUCAUCUGGGCUGUGAACCUACAAGCUCCCCAGCCAGACUUUCUCCAGAAGUGGGCAGCAGCUGUGUGGGUGACAAGCUCUCUCCAUGGCCAGACGGCAGACCCCCAGAGCAAACAGGGUCUAGAGACCCAGGGGCCCCCAACUGUUGCACUGAUCCCACAGUGGUCAGCCGUGACAUGAACCAGAGAUGGGUCUUCACCCAUGUGACAGGGGUCAGCAGGGGAGAGGCUGGGACCAUCCAGGCUGCUGCAGACAUGGGCCUGGCCACACAGCAGCAGGAAGGAGCCACCAAUGCCUCCUACACCUUCUCAUCUGUGGCCCGGAUCCGGAUGGAGGAGAAUAUUAUACAGAAGGCCAAGGGACCAGGGCCUGAGCUGAAGGGCAGAGUAUAUGACUACUUUGUGGAGUCCACAUCGAAGGCUGUCUCCAGGCCGCUGGUCCCCUGCACAGCAGCUCUGGCUGAUGCUCCAUCCCCUGGGUCUGGGCCAGAGCCCCUGGUCACAGGAGCAGACUCCAGAGGCCAAGCUGAUAAUACAGAGGAUGCAGCUGAGGUAGUGCCAACUCCCUCUGCACCAGGCUUCAGCAGAAAGGUGAGUCUCUUGCAGAUCGCUGAGAAUCCAGAGCUCCAACUGCAGCCUGAAGGCUUCAGGACGCUCCCUCCUGCCCACCUGGAUCAGAAAGCCCAGAUCAAUUCAGCCUGCAGCCACGGGGAGCCCCAUGUGCAGCUUGUAGCUGGGACCAAUUUCUUCCACAUCCAGCUCACCCCUGCUUCAGCUCAGGAUGUCCGCCUGGACCUGGGCAAUUGCUAUGAGUUGCUGACCUUGGCCAAGAGGCAGGGCCUUGAGGCCCUGAAGGAAGCAGCCUACAAGGUGAUGAGUGAUAACUACCUCCAGGUCCUCCGCAGCACAGACAUCUAUGGGGGCCUGAGUGGGGCAGAACGGGAGCUGAUCCUCCAGCGACGGUUCCGUGGCCACAAGUGCCUGGUGGUGGCCGAUGUGUGUCCCCAGGAAGACAGUGGCCGCCUCUGUUGCUAUGACAAUGUGCAGGAUGCCUGGCACCCGCUGGCUCAGCUGCCCAUGGAGGCCAUGUCCCGGGGCUGUUCUAUCUGUACUCUCUUCAAUUAUCUGUUUGUGGUGUCUGGCUGCCAAGGACCUGGGGGCCAACCCUCCAACCGGGUCUUCUGCUACAACCCCCUGACUGAAAUCUGGAGUGAGGUAUGCCCAUUGAAUCAGGCCCGGCCGCACUGCCGGCUGGUGGCCCUGGAGGGGCACCUCUAUGCCAUUGGAGGUGAGUGUCUGAACACAGUGGAGCGUUAUGACCCUCGAGUGGACCGCUGGACCUUUGCUCCACCACUCCCCAAUGACACAUUUGCCCUGGCACACACAGCCACGGUGUGCGCCAAUGAGAUCUUUGUCACUGGGGGCAGCCUGCGCUACUUGUUGCUCCGAUUCUCAACCCAGGAGCAGCGUUGGUGGGCCGGCCCCACGGGGGGCAGCAAGGACCGCACAGCUGAGAUGGUGGCUGUCAAUGGCUUUCUCUACCGUUUUGACCUCAACCGCAGCCUGGGCAUCAGCGUGUACCGCUGCAGCGCCAGCACCCGCCUCUGGUAUGAGUGCGCCACGUACCGCUUGCCUUACCCCGAUGCCUUCCAGUGCGCCGUGGUAGAUGAUCAUAUCUACUGUGUGGGACGCAGGCACAUGCUCUGCUUCCUGGCCGACCACAUCUCGCCCAGGUUUGUGCCUAAGGAGCUACAGGGUUUCCCUGCUGCGCGGGGCACCCUUCUGCCUGCCGUCCUGACCCUGCCUGUCCUUGAUGUGCCCCAGACCCCUGUCUAGCAGCCCCUCUGCUGGGCUCCAUCGGGAUGCAGCAAAAUUCUCUGCCAAUCACUCUGGGUAAGAGGUGGGCAGGAACACGGCCGUGGGGUGGAAAGUUAUCUCUCCUCCACCACAGGCUACAGGGAGGAUUCUUUAACCCCCACAGUCCGCAGACCAGCACUCCAGGACAGCGGGUGUGACAACAGCAUGACUGACCAGCACUGUCCUGCAAAUCAGAACUCCUGGCGGGGGCUAUUUCAGGACCCCACUGAAACUCAGGGCCAUAGUCUUAUCCCAAUCACAGUUCCAGGUGCCAGGGGACCCCCCAGGGGGCCCCUCAAGUGCUUAGCUUUCUGUGACCACCUUCCUAAGCAUUGGGGCCCACCUUUGAAGCAUCUAGAACAACUGAAGGAGGAGGUUUGGGCAGGAGCAGGAAGGCGCUCAGGAUACCCCCGAGAUUCAGCCAGAAGGACCGGCUAAAGCAGAAGGCACCCACAGGGACGCCUGUGUGCAGAAUAUAUUGACCAAGGACUACUUUUCUUUUUUGGUUACCUCAAGUUCCGUGUGCCGGGUGGAAGAGAAGCAUUCGUCUCAGCAGGAACUCUGUUUGAUUAUUA